CGCUUUUCAGCACUGUCAAAUAUUUUGGCGGCAAUUCAUAGUAAACAAAAAUAUUAAAAGAUAAUGGAUCAGUAUUUAAUUAAAAUGUCUACAAAAUCCAAAAAUAAUGAUAAAACGGAGCAGAAUAUACCUAUUAAGGAAAACACAACGAGGCAAACCAAAGAUGCCAAGGAAAAGAUUGCAACUGCUAAUAAACGAAAGAAUAAAGAUACGCCGGAAAUAAUUAAGGACAAGGAAAACGCCGAUACAGAAAACCCACCCAAGCGCAGAAGCGCUCGCCUGACGCGCAGCACGCGAUCAAUGGCUGAGGACGGAACGCCUUCGCCAGAGAAAGAAAUUCCAGAGAAGCUGCCAUUUAUAAAGUAUCGCGGAGCAAUCAAAUACUAUACCGAAUCCCACGAGAUUGCAGCCUCAGCAGAUGAAGUCAUGCAAUGGGUAGAAAAGCAAACUAAUGCGGAUGUUGUACCCUUGGCCUUUGACAUGGAGUGGCCGUUCUCUUUCCAAACCGGACCCGGCAAAUCAUCCGUGAUACAAAUAUGCGUCGAGGAACGUUGCUGCUAUGUUUACCAGUUAAGCAAACUGAAGAGGAUACCAGCUGCGCUGGUUGCGCUGUUAAACCAUUCUAAGGUGCGGCUGCAUGGCGUGAAUAUAAAGGCCGACUUUCGGAAGCUGGAGCGCGACUUCCCCGAAGUGGCUGCCGAGCCCCUUAUCGAGAAAUGCAUCGACCUGGGCGUAUGGUGCAAUGAGGUCUGCGAGACAGGCGGUCGCUGGAGCCUGGAGCGAUUGGCGAACUUCAUUGCCAAAAAGGCGAUGGACAAGAGCAAAAAGGUGCGCAUGAGCAAAUGGCACGUGAUACCGCUGGACGAGAAUCAACUGAUGUAUGCGGCCAUAGAUGUUUAUAUUGGUCAAGUCAUCUAUCGUGAUAUUGAGCAGCGCGAGAAGACGAAGCUGAAAAAUGAGGCCGAGUUUAAGGACCAAAAUGGCGAUGCUGCAUUCAAGGCUGUCAAGGCGCUGGGCGAAACCUUUUUGGCCAAAAUCAACGAGGUGACACUUUAAAGCAGAUGUAUGCGAAACCAGCAAUCUUUUAUUACACAUGUUUAAGCAUAACCCUGAAUGUUCAACUAGUUAUUUAAAUUUUAUUUCCAAUUGUAUUGCACCUUUUAUUAUACAUGUAUUCUUUUAUACCUAUAACCCAA